AUGCGGCCUCUUUUCCUUAUGGGGCGAGAAAGAGCCCUCCAUUCUUGCAUAUCUCCACAUACGUACCCUUUCCUUUCUGUUGCGCAGUCCUUCUUCCUUCUCGGCGAGAAGAAGGACGAGAAGCACGGGUCCGUCCUCCACGGCUUCUCCCCGGACAUCCUCGCCUCCAUUUGGGGCGUUGACGAAUUCCUCGCCAAGAAGGUGCUCAAGGGCCAAAAGGGCGCGGGAAUCAUCAAGGUCGAGAAGAAGCUGACGCUCCCCGCGGCCGCGCGCGCGCCCAACGCGUUCUUCGGCGAGUUCAGCUUCAACCUGAAGGACACGCAGCCGGAGCUCCUGGUGCCACGUGGCGGGUGCGCCAACUUCGUGAACUGCAAGAAGAUGCCCACGCUCGAGAAGUUCAAAAUCGGGCUCAGCGCCGCGCUCGUCAAGCUCGAGAAGGGCGCUAUCGAGGUCCCCAGUUACAUGACGAACGCUGACGCCAUCGUCUACGUCACCAAGGGCAAGGGCCGGGUCAACAUCGCGGGCCCCGGCGGGAAGAACCUGGUGGACAAGGAGGUCAAGUGCGGCGACCUGUUUGUCGUCCCCAAGAACUACCCGGUCGCCAAGCUCGCGGCGAAGGACGACUGCUUCGAGAUGGUGGCCUUCACCACGUGCACCUUCCCCAUGUGCAUGCGCCUCGCCGGGGAAAAGUCCGUCUUCCACUUCUUACCCAAGGAGAUUUACGAAGCGGCCAUGGACCUGGACGAGGAGACCGAGAAGAAGUUCAAGGAAGCGUGCGAGAAGCGCGAGAAGACCAUUGGCAUUCUGCCGCCCCCGAAAGAGAAAUGGGGGGACGACUCCUACGAGCAACAGGUGAAGGAGUUCGAGCGCUCCUUCAUGAGGGGAUUCGUGGACUACGUCGAGGACAUUGUUGACGCGUGA